ACCUUCAAGUUGGAAAACUUGGAAGUCACUUUUUGUGAAUCUAUUGAAAUACUAGACGUUUCACCGUUUAUCCAUCUAAGGACAUUAUCCGUCGAUUUUUGCUGGAAUUUACUUGAAGUUCGAGGUCUUGAUAAAUUGAAAUAUUUGGAAUCCUUGAUUGUAGUGAACGUUAAAUGUUGUGAAAACCUCGUCGAAAUUCAAGGUCUCGAUUGCUUGGAAAAGCUGAGUAUCUAUCGGUGCGCUUCAAUUGAAAGGCUAGACCUUUCAAAAUCCAGGAGUAUGAAAAUAUUAGACGCUAUAGAAUGCGCAAAAUUAGCCGAAAUUCAAGGCGUCGAUAGGUUGGAGUCCUUGGAACGGUUGAGUAUCUCCGGGUGCGCUUCAAUUGAAAGGUUGAACCUUCCAAAAUCUGAUAGUCCGAGGAUAUUGGAUGUUGCGGAUUGCAAAAACUUGAGGAUAUUGGAUGUUGCGGAUUGCAAAAACUUAAUCCAAAUUCAAGGCCUUGAUAGGUUGGAGUUCUUGGAAGAGUUGAAUCUCUAUGGGUGCACUUCGUUUGAAAGGCUACCCAACUUAUGUUGUUUUGACUACUUGAAAAGUUUGAAUAUCAACGAUCGUGACAAGCUUCAAGACAUACAGAGCCUAGAGAGAUUCCCAUCCCGCAAAAGUUUAUUUAUUGAAGGUUGCAAGUCCUUAGCAAAAUUACCAAACUUGUCAAGUUUUCAUGGUUUACGAGAAUUGUUCCUGUCAAACUGUCAUGAACUUCGAGAGAUCCCAGGGCUUGAGGAGUCAAUAUCUCUAGAACGUAUUACUAUCUCAGGAUGUUCCUUGAUUGAGAUCUUACCGGAUUUGUCAUCAAGUACCCGCUUGAUGAGCCUGAUUGUGCAAAAUUGCGAGAAAUUGAUUGAGCUUCGAGGGCUCGAGAAAUUGGAGCAGCUAGUGGAAUUGGACAUUUCUGAAUGCAAGUCUCUCAAAACAAUUCCGGAAUUGUCCGGAACACAGCUUUAUCAAAAUUACGAGAAAAAGCCAUCUCCAUUGAUCAGACGCAUAGAAUUUGGAUAG